CGCGGUUUCAGAUUGUUGCCACUCGUCUCUUGAUCUCUGAAAGUUUAUUGUAUGCGAUACUAGUGUAGAGUUUUCAUGCCUCAGAAAUAAAUAUUGAUAACCAAGAUGGUGGCCCGACCGCGAUCCCCUCACGGGGCUUUAAUACCACAAUUCUACGCCGGAAGAAAUAUCUUCAUUACAGGGGCCACUGGCUUCAUGGGAAAGGUUCUGAUAGAGCGUCUUCUUUCAACGUGUCCAGACAUUGGAACAUUACAUCUGUUGAUGCGACAAAAGAAAGGUGUGUCACCGGAAAAGAGACUGCUACAGUUAAAACAAUCACAGGCAUUCGACGUACUUCGUCAGAAAAAUCCGACCCAACUUGACAAGUUAAAUAUAAUACCGGGCGAUGUAGCCCAACCAAACCUGGGUAUUAUUCCAGAAUAUUUGACUAAAUUACACGAGGUUUCCAUUGUCUUCCACUCAGCAGCUACUCUGAAAUUUGACGAAGCGUUACCGAAGGCAGUAGAGCAGAAUGUUCUGUCAGUUAUACGAUUGAUGGACAUCUGUGACCAUUUACCUAAUAUCGAGGCCUUAAUCCACGUAUCGACAGCAUAUAGUAAUCCUGAACAAUUGACGGUAGAAGAAAGAGUAUACACUCCCACUACUCCACUUCCAAGGCUCUUGGCUUUGAUUGAGGCUGUACCGUCUCCGCUAUUACAAGAUAUAACUCCACAAUACAUACACCCCAAACCAAAUACAUACACUUACACCAAAGCAAUGGCCGAAGAAGCCAUAAGAUCACGAACUUCACGUCAAUAUCCUGUUGCUAUAUUCAGACCAACAAUCGUGGUUUCAUCCCUUCGCCAUCCAUUUCCCGGGUGGGUAGAAAAUCUAAACGGGCCUAGUGGGGUCGCUGCUGCAGCUGGUAAGGGCCUCUUACAUGUAUUUAGACGGGAUCCUACCAAACGGGCCGAUUUAUUGCCAGUGGAUAUAGCGAUAGACACUUUAUUAGCUGUAGCCUGGGAGACAGUUGUUGAUAAACCUACCCAUGUGAUGGUGUAUAACUGUAGUACAGGUGAAAAUCCUACUAAAUGGGUCGAAUUUGAAGAAGCUUUACGAAAAUAUCUUCCCAAACACCCCCUAGACGCUGCUCUUUGGUAUCCCUCUGGGACUGGAGUUGAAAACAAAUACGUUCAUAAGACGCUGGAGUUCACUCUGCAGACAAUCCCAUUACAUUUAGCAGAGUACAUGCUUAAAAUAUUAGGAGUUAAAAUGGGCAUAAGUUUAAUAACGGCCGAACAAAAAAUGCGAGCGAUGAACGAUGUAUUAGCAUUUUUCGCACUUCGAGAGUGGCAUUUCCGCACGGACAAUGUAAAAAAAUUGAGACAAAGACUUACGCCACAAGAUAGAGAGAUUUAUAAUCUAGAUCCACAGAGUAUAGAAUGGGACAAGCACUAUAAGGAUUUUGUAAAAGGGACCAGAAAAUAUUUGUUAAAGGAAUCAGAUGAAAACAUUCCAGUUGCUACACGACAUAUCAACAGACUUUACUACGUCCACAAUGGUGUAAUGUUAUUUUCAAUCAUACUCUUCCUACGACUUCUCCUACAAAACAAGUUCAUAAAAGAUUUUGUAUACGGAACUUUGAGGCUAUUGCUAUCACUUCUUAAUGAUGGAUAUUCUUCAAUAAUGAGUUUCGACUGAAGAGGAUAGUUGUAUAUAAAUUUUUUGCUCAAUAAAUUUAAAUACUGAGUUUUAACAUUUAUCUACCUAAAAUAUUGUAUCCGUCCAUCAAAUAAUAUAGCUUUUAGACUAUCUCGAAAAUGUUUGUAUGUUAAAUAUGCAUUUCACUUUAUUUUAUUUUUACAUUUGUUUUUAGACUUGCAUUUAAAUUGCAAAACAUUUAAAACAAGGACAUUUAAAUGAAGCGUUGGGUCGUGCUAAUAACUGUAACUUAUGAAUAACAUGAUAUUAAAUGGUUAAUUUGG